AUGGCGGUGCGUAAGAAAGACGGCGGCCCGAAUGUAAAAUAUUUCGAAGCGUCUGAUACCGUUUCUCAGUUUGAUAAUGUCCGCGUCUGGCUGGGAAAGAAUUACAAAAAGUACAUCCAGGCCGAGCCCCCCACCAACAAGUCUCUGUCCAGCCUGGUGGUCCAGCUGCUCCAGUUCCAGGAGGAGGUGUUCGGUCGACAUGUCAGCAACCCUCCGCUGACCAAGCUGCCAAUGAAAUGUUUUCUGGACUUCAAGUCAGGUGGGGCUCUCUGCCACAUCCUGGCUGCUGCCUACAAGUUCAAGAGUGACCAGGGAUGGCGCAGGUUUGACUUCCAGAAUCCAUCGAGGAUGGACCGAAAUGUGGAGAUGUUCAUGACCAUUGAGAAGUCUUUAGUGCAAAACAACUGCCUGAGUCGGCCAGUCAUCUACCUGAGCUCUGACAUAGAGCCAAAACUGCUCGGGAAACUAAAAGACAUCAUAAAAAGACAUCAGGGCUCAGUAAGUGAAGACAAGGCCUCCAGCUCCCAUGUUGUUGUUCCUAUUCCCACCAGCCUGGAGGAAGAGGAGUGGGUGCGUCCAGUGAUGAAGAGAGAUAAGCAAGUGCUGCUCCACUGGGGAUAUUUGCCUGACAGUUACGACACAUGGAUCCAAGCUAAUGAGAUCGAGGCUGCUGUGGAGGAUCCUCCCAGCCCAGAAAAACCUAGGAAGGUCCAUGCCAAGUGGAUUUUAGACCUGGACCAGUAUAACGAGUGGAUGAAUGAGGAGGACUAUGAAGUGGGCGAGGGCUACCCUAAGAGGAAGAGGAUCUCAGCCAAGACCCUGACAGAUGAAGUGAGCACUCCCGAUGAGCGGAGGGACAAGAAGUCUGGCAGUGCGAAGAAGAGGAAGAGGUCGCCGUCGCCAUCCCCCACCCCUCCGCCUCAGGAGAGCAAGAAGAAGAAUACCAAAAAAGGGCCAACGACCCCGUACACCAAGUCUAAACGAGGCCAAAAGGAAGAGGAACAGGAGGAUCCGAGUAAAGACUUGGAUGAAGCAUCACCUGUUCCAGCAUCAGAAGAGGGAAACCCACCUAAAACAAAUAACACCAAGAAGGACUCUGAUUCAACUCCCGUCAAGGGAGGAACAGAUAUGGACGAGCAAGAGGAUGAGUCCAUGGAAACAACAGGCAAGGAGGAGGAGGAGGGCUCUCCAAGCGUGAAGGGGGAACCAGUGAAAGGAUCGGACCUCCACGAAGACAACGUGACCGAGCAAACUCAUCACAUUAUUAUACCGAGCUACGCGGCCUGGUUUGACUACAACAGUGUUCAUGCCAUUGAGCGCAGAGCCUUGCCAGAAUUUUUCAAUGGGAAGAACAAAUCCAAAACCCCGGAGAUUUACCUGGCGUACAGGAACUUUAUGAUUGACACCUACCGGCUGAACCCUCAGGAAUAUCUGACGUCCACGGCCUGUCGCAGAAACCUGGCAGGAGACGUGUGUGCCAUCAUGAGAGUGCACGCCUUCCUGGAGCAGUGGGGCCUGAUCAAUUACCAGGUUGACUCUGAGAGCCGACCCACGCCCAUGGGCCCCCCACCCACUUCUCACUUCCACGUCCUGGCAGACACUCCGUCCAGUCUGGUGCCCCUGCAGCCCAAGACGUCCCAGACCCCUGCGACCCAGCAGGUGAUCUCAUUCCCAGAUAAAGUGAAGGAGAAACCAGCCGAUCUACAAAACUUUGGGUUGCGGACUGACAUGUACAGCAAGAAGACUUGUUCUGCAAAGAGCAAGAGCACAGCGAGUUCCAUGAGGGAGUGGUCAGAGCAAGAAACACUACUCCUACUUGAGGGGUUGGAGAUGUACAAGGACGACUGGAACAAGGUUUCAGAGCACGUGGCCAGCCGUACGCAGGAUGAGUGCAUCCUGCACUUCCUGCGGCUGCCCAUUGAGGACCCUUACUUAGAGGCGAACUCGUCGUCCCUGGGACCGCUAGCCUUCCAGCCAGUUCCUUUCAGCCAGGCAGGAAACCCUGUCAUGAGCACAGUGGCCUUCCUCGCCUCUGUCGUCGACCCACGCAUUGCCUCCGCUGCAGCCAAAUCUGCUCUGGAGGAGUUUUCUCGUAUGAAGGAGGAGGUUCCUGGCACUCUUGUUGAGGCUCACGUGAGGCGGGUCGAGGAGGCGGCGAGGGUCAGCGGCCGACAGGACCCGCUGUAUGGCUUGGAGGGUAGUGGCAUCGCAGGCACCGGCCUGGAGGAGGGAGACAGGCCCGAUGAAAGUAGUGUUGAAAGAAAGAGUGACAGCCAACCGGGCGACGAGAAGAGGGAAGCCAAGGACAGCAAAGAUGGAGCGACUGAGGAAGAGGAGAAACGGGCAGAGAAUGGGAAGAAGGAAGAAGAAAGAGGAAGAGAAGCAGAAGGAGAGAGGGAGACGAACAAAAGAGAGUCAGAGAUCGGUGACGGAGAGAAGGCGAAGGACGGAAAAGAGGGCACAGAGGAAGGACAGAGAGAAGCAGAGAGUGAAGGAGAGAGGAAGGCUAAGGUGGAGCGUGACGUUGCAGAGGGGAACCUUGCCACUGCUGCUGCGUCUGCUCUCGCUGCUGCUGCCGUCAAAGCCAAGCACCUGGCUGCGGUUGAAGAGAGGAAGAUUAAAUCCCUCGUGGCUCUGCUGGUGGAGACCCAAAUGAAGAAGCUGGAGAUUAAACUGCGACAUUUUGAAGAACUGGAAACCAUAAUGGACAGAGAGAGGGAGGCUUUGGAGUACCAGCGUCAGCAGCUGCUGGCCGACCGUCAGUCCUUCCACAUGGAACAGUUGAAAUAUGCCGAGAUGAGGGCCCGCCAGCAGCACUUCCAGCAGAUUCAGCACCAGCAGCAAAGCCAGGCCAGUGGCCCCCCAGCACCAGCCCCACCACCCCCGGCCCCCAACACACCAGUGCCGCCGCUGGCCCCCAGUCCCGCGUCCCCAGCCUCAACUUCUGCACCGGCCCCGGAGUCCCAACCCCCUCACACCUCGCCCCCCUGCCCCCCAGGUGCAACCCCAGCUACCCACUCAAGCUCCAGCUCCAGCACUACGCCUGUACUCCACGAGCCCACUCCCCCUCUUCCUGGAGAAACACUCCAUCCUUCAGCUCCAGUCCAACCUCCACAGUGAGAGAAUCCUACAUGACUCUGACCACUUGCCGGUAUCAUCUGAAAUGAAGAAGUCAUAAACCGAAGAAGAACACAUUUUACAUGUUCAGCUUUUAUUUUUUAUUUUUUUUAACAAAACAAUUGAUGAAAGAAAGAAAAAAUGAUAAAGAAUAAAACAAACCAGCUCCACUCGAAAAAUUUGUCCUUUUUAAAUUGAAUCUGCCUAUGAAGAAAAUGUAGUUUCAAACAGAAGCUGUUCAUCCUGUGCGAUCGAUUGGACGACAACAUCCCACUUCAUAAUUUGAAGCUUAGCACCAGAGUGAACGCCGAGGUCUCACCCACAUGCUGCCGGUCAAGGAGGAAGAGAAAAGACUCAUCUUGUGUUUUCAGUGUUUUGGCAAUUGUUGCAUUUAUUUUCUGCAACAGUUUGACACAGCUUGUGAAGUUUGUGCUUCGCAAUCGCUCUAGAGUUCCCCCCUUGUACUGUAGGUACUAAUUAAAAUAUAUGUAAGACAAAAAUGCACUUUUAACAUGUUUCCCAAGGUCUAAUUGAAAGACUUGAAGCCUCAAUGAUUAAAUCGAUGAUUUAACUUUAGCACUUAUAUCAUCUUUUUGUUGUCUUAAAUACAUUUUCAUGCUGAAGGUUUUGAAAACUUGAUUGGAAAUGUUACUUUUUCCGCUCUAUUUUUAUUUGUUUUCCAUGAACAAACAGUCACUCGACGGGUCUGGCCUGGAGGUCACGUGUCUAAAACCAGAGAAAUGUCUGAUAUGAAUGGAAAAAAAAUUGAAGUGAGUUGGUUUGUAUGCAGUCUGAGACGAUGUACUGUAAAUUUGAUUUUUUUUUUUUUUUACAAACAUCUUGUGUUGCCCCGUAAUGAUAAUAUUUGAAAGUUCUGACAACAUGAAAUCAUCAUACUGAGAAAGAACUCUCUUUAAAAAUAUCUUUAUAAUGUCCUUCCUUUCGACAGCACUUAAGGAAUAACAUGUCAGCGAGGAGCUUCAUGUUGUUCACAUCUGGAUAAACUAAAGCAUCCAGGAGUUUCUGAGGAAUGUAGUUGUGUUCAAAGGGAAUGAUUGAAAGUCUGGGAAUAAUAAUUAUACCAGUGACCGCAAGAGUGUUUCUUAAUAAUUUGACUUUUUGUUAUUUGCUCAACCAAAAUAUUUUAUAAUCAUGUUUAUCUCACAUUUAUUCAGUGAGUUUUUUUGUGGUUGCUUGGGAAACUAAGAAGAUUUUUUUAGCAGCUUGUUUUUCGAUGGUGCAUUUCAAGUUACACAUGGAAGAAAUGUGAAGCCUGUCAAAAAACAAGGGAACUCGCACCUUAAACAGCUGACAAUGGAGAAUUGUGUCCUUAAUAUCUGCAACAAUAUCCUCACUUUUUAGCCUAUCAAUUUUUAUAUUUUUUACUUUAUGUUUUUCCAUCUCUUUUCAUAUGUCAACAUUGUAACUGUAUAUUAUUACAUUUGUAGCUUAUAUUUACCCUCUCCACUGUUGUGUAUGAAUCGGGCAGCUUUGUUGGAACUGUCCUGAGAUGUGACUGUGAGCAUUUGUGGAUGUGAACGCAUGCCAUGAAGAUUUGUAAACCACAUUACCGUUCCGUUUUAUUUUACAGUGCCAUUUGUCGUGUGUCACGGAGUUUGGAGAAUUAAGAAAACAGACUUCCUUCUGAACACGACAUGGCACUUCGUGUCAUGAAUUAUAAUACAGUCAGAAGGUGAAACUUUACAAUUAAUGUCCGUCAAGCCAGUAUUGCCGACCUCACCAUAGCUGUGAGCAUAAAUGGACUUCUUUUAUCUGUGUUAUUACUACAUUGUGUGAAUUUUGUGAUAUGAAAUAAGUGUAUGUUCAGUUUCUGUAUUUUUCACUACGCUGAAGGUAGCAGCCGUUGCAUUGAUUACAGAUCGAUACAGUAGAAUACAUUUUUCCUCAGUAAAUCAUCACAUUCGGACUGGCAGUUUGUAUUGAACAACAAUGCAUAACUAAAGCAGUUCAGGUUUUAAUUACAAAAUGUUAGGGAAAAAAUAAAGAUGUGAAGAGGAA